CUGUACCUAGCUGAUCAGUCGUUAUAGGCGAAGGUCUUGCCUCUGUUUUAUUUUGUCAAGUAAUUAGCAUUGAAAUCUGAGAUAAUUCUUUGUAUUCUAAGUCGAUAUUGAUUUUGCAGGUUCUUUUUUAACCCUGUCGACAAGAAUAACAAUGCGUUAGAGGGCACGUACCAAGCUUUCUUUCUUCACUGGCAAAACCAAGGAGAUCGUAUCGCGUGCACAAGCAAAAACGAUCCUGUCGUGAAACACGGAGAUUACAUAAUGUUUUGCUUGAUUUUCUUUUUCAAAGGGAUAUUUUGAGUCACUGGGAAAAGAAUAGUGCUAACGUGUAUACGAUGAAUGUGAAGUAUUUUAUCGUUGGAUAAUUUCGAAACGGGGAGUGCUGACGUAACAUAUAUAUACGGUUUCAAAGGACAUAUAUAUUUCUGUAAUUUGACGAUAUUAGAAAAUUUGGAUGUAAAACACGAAACCUUACGCCUUAAAGUGUAUUGAUUUUACCACUGUUAAAACAAAAAGUUCAAAUAAGACCACCGAUGGUCAGAAGAGCUUGCCAAACACAGGCUCUCAAGCUAUGUGAAAUUAAAACCACACAAUAUCGAUAAAUUAUUGAAUCUCAUAAUAGCCUCGUCAGUCGAGAUUUCAUAGAGGCAUUGAUAUAUUCUGAGAAUAAUCUAAGGACAAAGGAUAAUUAACGAGGAAGUGAAAAAAAUUCUUUGAGGAAUAAUAUUGUGUUUUUCUACGAGUUAUCACCAGUACCAAACUUCUAUCAUAGUAUAAUUACCAUGGCAUCGAAAAUAAAUGUGUCGAAACAAGUGAAGAAACGUAAUUUGAAUGUAGCUGACUGCUUCAGUGACGAGGAGGAAGAUUUUCAUGGUAUGAACAGACGUGGAUCGAAUGUGUCCUUAUCUAGAGUGCGGUCCUGCCCUCAGCUGCUAGAAGAACAAGAUGGUCGCCAGACAAAACAAUCCUUCGAGAACAUUGUUGAUGAUAAUGUUAAUACUCCUAUGAUCCAGGAUUGUCGGUCUCCUCGUUCUCCAAUGGUUGCUCAAGGAUUUCAGUUCGAGCCGACAUGCGUGACCCCUGGGUCAGCCACACCAACGCCACCAUCUUCUCCCGGAAGUCAAAGAAGUUCUUUGUCUCAAAAAGAAACGCCAUCUACCCCUAAACAGACCAAUUCACCUAUUACGACGCCCAAAAUCAGGAGAGGGAGUUAUUCCUGGAGGGCUAACAUAAGUCGAGGUUCUUCUGUUGAUUCUCAUGAUGCCGACGACCAAGACGUUCCGAAUGUGAAAAUAGAUAUACAAAUUCCAUUAAGUAGUGAAAAUUUACAAAAACAUGAUCGACUUUCGAUGACACAACAGCACAACUUAAACAAUGACGAUAACAAAUAUUACGAUGCUUUACAGGCUGGACUUGCCUGUGACAAGAAUGUUCGCCCUAAAUCUUCUUCCCCUCAAGCUCAAGGGGAAGGUGAACUCCAAAGCAAAUGUGAAAUGUGGCUACAAACUCUGAAUAUUUCACAGGGAGAUAAAAUCAAAUCUCGGAGUCAUAUACAACUUCCACCAUUAUAAUUUUUCCCGAUUGUCAGGGAUGUUUCAGAUAUUCUCCGGUGAAAUGCCAAAAAAUAAAGCUAUUCGAAUAAAGGUGUCAUAAAAUGACAACAUCAAAGUAGUGAAUGUGCAUUUAAAUAAAAGAUGUGUUUAAAUUUUCAUAUAUUAAAGUGUUUACACAAUUAA